GAUAGAUAGCAGGAAAAGAAAGUAUCAGCAACUUCCCUCAGCUACCACUCAAGAUACACACACGCGUACACACACUGGGGACGAGACAAAAUGAUCCCGCAGCCGCUGGCAUGGACACUGGUGACAGUAUCGCUGUGGACAGCAGGUUCGAGCCAGAUCCUGCUUCAAGAACCCAUCAAAGUUCAUUACCCUGCUAUCGCCAGUCAUGAGAUUAUUGAGUGUGACUGCGUUAACAUCUCUUGUGACUCUGUCUACUGGUUCCGCAGUUCUCCCCAAGUACAGUUCCUUGGAAAAUGCAACAACGCUGACCGUGUUAACUAUGGGCUUAAUGUGGACGAGACAAAGUUUAAAUUCAGCAAGAGAGGUAGCAUGUUUGUGCUACGCGUCAUGAAUGUGAACACGGAGGACACAGGGACUUAUUCCUGUGUCCUAAAAGACAGGAACGGUAAAGAGAUAUGGAAGCCUGGGAGUCUUCUCCGACCAGGAGUGACCCCUCCAACAUCACCUCCCAAGACAAAACCCAAACCACCAGUCAAGUCAGUCUGUCACUGCAAUAAGAGGAAUCCUUCACAGGCUGUAGGUGUCUGCGGCUCCAUGGUUCUGUGGCCGUUGGUUGGACUUACUGUGGGCCUGGGUCUGGCUCUCAUCUGCACACUGUACUACUUCAACCGGCUACCCAAAAAAUGUCGCCACCACUUCGACAAGAGACAGAUGCCCAGAUAAAGAUAAAGCACUGCAUCUACAGCUUAUGUGUGACUCAGAUGGCUGAAGUGCUUCGCUCGAGCCGACGUCCGUUGGAGCAUGAAGGACAUGAUUCACCCCAAAGAUCUAUUCUGCCAACAGCAACAUGUCAUGUGUAGUUACAGUGAAAUGUGCGCUUGGCCAGAGAAGAGUUUUUAAAUCUUCAACAGCAGCAGCCAUGUAACAUAUUGUAAUAUAUUGACUCAUUUUAGUUACAUAUUUUACAAGACAGAAGUCCAAGCUUUGAAUACCCCCUGUGCUAUAAUCUUUUGUCUAUAAUCAAUAAUCUAUCAAUAUGCAGAUUAUUUUUCCCUCAAAGCCCAUAUUGUGAUACGGAUGUACUGUGUACCUUCACACAGAAACCAAAUGUGUUUACUUACAUAAGAGAAGCAGGUCGACCACAAAGCAGCUGAAUAGAAAUGCUAUAUUUGCUCAGUUGCUUUUUGCUCCCUGGUAUUUAUUUGUGUUUUUGUCUUUCAAUGUAUUUUUAAAUGUUGAAAGAAAACAGCACUGUCAAGUUGAUUUUUCCUGGAGCAUAAAUCUGAGGAAUCAAUAAAAUGAUUUAUUUACAAUCAUUUACAAAGGGGGCUCUUUUCUUUUUAUA